GCAAAGAAAAGAGAAGAUUCGUUUGAUAAAAGAGGAGAAGACAUCCCUUUCUUUCCUUCAAAUAUCAAAGGUUUCAACACUAAGCAAUCUCUCUCCCUUUCUUCUUUUAAAAAGAACCCAUCACAUUAGUCCACCAAAUUCCCUCAUUCCUUGAACAAAAAAACAAAAAGGAAAACAAACCCAGUGAGGCCCAUCCAUUUUUGCUUCGAUUUUCCCUUUUGAUUUCUAGAGAAAAGGGGGAGAAUCAAUGUUGCAGCAACAGCCGAGUAGUAGGUCUUCUUUCAAGGAAUCUCUCAAAGCUCUUGAAGCUGAUAUACAGCAUGCUAAUAGCUUGGCAGCUGCUCUACCGGGGGACUUUGGUGGGAAUUGCUACCAAAUGAGAUUAUCUUAUAGCCCUUUUGCACCAUUCAUCUUGUUUUUGGUUGAAUGGAUGGAUUAUAGUUGUACAGAUACCCUUCCUAGUUACUUAGGCCUUCUCCAUAUACUCGUAUACAAGGCGUAUGUCGAUGGAGUGCCGGCUUUAUCCUCCAAAGAUAAGAAAGCAACUCUAAGGGAAUUUUAUGCUGUUAUUUACCCUUUGCUAAGGCAACUUGGCGACGAGCUUAUCGAAUCAGAAGAUAAUAACAAAGGCAGGUGCGCGGAAGUUUCGAGCCGGAAGAAAGCUGAAGAUCGAAAGAGAGUUGCUGAUAAAGAUUCGGAGAGAGACGACGAAUGCGGAAUAUGCAUGGAGAAUUGCACGAAAAUGGUGCUGCCGAAUUGUGGCCAUGCCUUAUGCAUUAGCUGCUUCCAUGAAUGGAAUGUCCGUUCGCAGUCCUGCCCUUUCUGCCGUGGCAGUUUAAAGAGAGUGAAGUCUGAAGAUCUGUGGGUUCUCACGAGUUGCAGCGACAUAAUCGACGUGCUUACCCUUGCAAAGGAGAACUUGUGGCGCCUAUACCUCUACUUCGAAAAGCUCCCUCUCGUAAUGCCCGAGACACAUUCAUAUGUGUCUGAUUACAUGAUCUGACACCACCACCACCACCAUCAGCCCAUUGUACAUACAUACAUUAUCGUAUGAGGUAGGUCCGGGUUUAUCGAUCAAAACCCUCCCGGCGGUUUGUUCAACGGCAGCUGUAUAUAGUACUUUGUUUGCUGCUUUCGUGUCCCAAGGGUUUUGGAACAAGCAAGCAGGUCAGUCUUGUGUAGAACAACCUGAAUAUUUAUGUAGAAGAUGAAUAGAUGAAAAUCUGAGAAUAAAAAGAGGGUAAUGGCAUUCAACUCAGUUUUUUUAAAAACCUGAGUGUUGUAAUGUAAAAAUAUGAAC